GGUGUGGUAGUGCGCCUGCUUGUACAUGCCGAAUCGCCACGAUGGCUCCCACCCGAUGCUCUCCAGCCGCCUCUCGACCUCGUCUAUGCCUCCGUCUUCUUUCAAGAUGGGCUGAAUAAGCUUCGGAAAGAACAGCGCCGGGAGACCAUGCGGUGCAGACAUGGGCGAGUAAUCGUCCGUGGUGAGGAGGAUCGCCGUCAUUGUGCCAUUGUCUGUGUCGGUGACUUGACCGCCGGCUGAAGCUCAAGUGGCCUUUAAAGUGGAGUAGGUUGGCCUUUUCUAGUUUCGUUCGGGACUCGGGACGGUUCUGCGCGAAAGAAAGUGCCACUGUUGGCGGUGGGGGGCGCAUGAGGCACUACUCUAAUUCUUCUUCCACGCUGCAGCGACGAAGAGCGAGGAACAUGGCGUCAACGUCGACGUCAAGACCGGGACCGGGACUAGAGACGCGGGGCAGGAGGCUACUGAGCAGUCGGACAUGGCAGACUGCACUAGCCUCGACGACGGCCUUGACCGCGUCGUUCUUGGUCUCGUCGGCGUCGACGCGCGAAACGCUUGUCUCGGUGCUUCUCCUGCCGGGCCUGCUUCCGACGCUGAUCCUCACAGCCCUCGCGCCGAUUCUGACGUCGCACGUCAUCGGCAGCACCCGCUCUGCGUUUAUUGACAAGGGUUUCGCGGGGAGGGACCUUCUCAAGGCCACGUCGGACCUCGUCCCCGAGUCGGCCGGGCUGCCCACGAGCAUCCUCUACCUCUUGCUCCUCUGCCUCUUUGUGCCCUUUCGCUACGGCGCGGCAGCGGGGCGAGGCGCACAUCUAGCGGGAAAGGGCGACGAUGUGUGGGAGGCAUGGGAGCUCGCGAAGAGCAACGCACCCGAUGGAGGAUGGUCGGGUGCCAUGAAGGGCCGGCGAGGCUUUCCCCAUCAUGAGCUGGCAACAUACCUCUCCUCGCUCCUCUCGAUUCUCUCCUCGGUCAUGCUGGGCUUUCUGGACGACGUCUUUGACAUUCGGUGGAGGCUCAAGAUGCCCAUCCCUCUUCUGGCCAGCCUGCCCAUGCUCGUCGUCUACCGCGCGGGCAGGGGAGGCACCUCGGUCGUCGUCCCCGGCUGGCCUGCCUUUCUCCGAGAGAUUCUCGGCAACAACAUCGUCAAUCUGGGCCCUCUCUACUAUCUCUUCAUCCUGCUCCUCUCGACCUUUUGCGUCCACAGCAUCAACAUCCUGGCCGGGAUCAACGGCGUCGAGGUCGGCCAGGCCCUCGUCAUUGCUCUCUCGCUGUGCAUCAACGACAUCCUCUACCUCGAUCCAAAGGCCGGUGAGCCCGGCAGCUUUGCCAGCAUCGAGCUGCGCGACCGCCACCUCUUCAGCCUCGGCCUUCUGCUGCCCUUUUGCGGCUGUUGCAUCGGCCUCUUGUCCUGGAAUCGAUACCCGUCGCUCGUCUUUGUCGGGGACACGUUCUGCUACUUUGCAGGUCAGGUCCUCGCCUGCGCCGGCGUCCUCGGCCACUUCUCAAAGACGUUGCUCCUCUUCUUCGUCCCCCAGCUCUUCAACUUUGCCCUCAGCCUUCCUCAGCUGGCCCACCUUGUGCCGUGUCCCCGCCAUCGGGUGCCCGAUGUUGAUUUGGAGACGAUGCGGCUGCAUCCUUCCAUUGCCGUCUUCCCCAAGGAGAAGCCUGCUCGACCCAUCACCGUCCUCGUGCUCCGUCUCUUUUCUGCGCUGCGAUUCGUAUCGCUCGAAUGGGAGGAGGCAGAAGAGGAGGGCAGGCAAGAAAGACAAAAAGGAAAGAAAAAGAGACUGGCGAGCACGACGAAUCUCACGAUUCUCAAUGCGCUCCUCGUCUUUCGCGGUGUCGAGACUCGCAGGUCGGGUAGCAUCAUCAAGCAGGGCAGUCGGUUGCGGGGGCCAGCCAUCACGGAGCUCGGGCUCUUUUGGCAUGUCAUGAUUGUCCAGAUUGCCUGCAGUGCAGCGGCCUUUGCUGUGCGAUACUGGCUUGCAGCUAUUGUGUUUCCGUGAUUGACUUCGGUAAUUG